AUGGAUGACAAGGAAUCUAUCUACAAGGAACCGUUCGCUGUCGCCGACCACCUGGCCGUAAACCUCCCCGACUCGCUCGCCUCCUUGAGCGAGGAGGAGCGAGAGGAGAUUGCGAAACGCGCGACCCGCAAGGUGGACAUCAUGCUCAUUCCCGCCCUCACACUACUUUAUUUGCUCAACUUUCUAGACAGACAGAAUUUGUCUUCAGCAUUUGUUGCUGGGAUCGCCCAAGACCUAGGUCUUUCGACGCAGCAAUACGGCACCUGCGUUGCCGUCCUGUUCGCCGGCUAUGUCGCGCUCCAGAUCCCAUCAAACAUGAUCGUCGGCAAGAUCAAGUACCCAGCCUAUUACCUGUGUUUCAACGCGUCGUUGUGGGGCAUUGUGAGCGCAAGUACUGGCGCAGUGACGAGUUACACUGGUCUCGCCGUGUGUCGCACCAUGCUUGGCGUCGUCGAGGCGGCCUUCUUCCCCGGCGCCGUGUUCCUUGUCUCGCUCUUCUACCCUCGCCGUCAAAUGGCUCUGCGCACCGCAGCGUUCUACACUGGCUCACAGAUCGGUAAUGCCUUCGGAGGCCUGUUCGCCAUAGGUAUCCUAAAACUCGAUGGGAAGCACGGACUCGCCGGCUGGCGGUGGCUCUUCAUCGUCGAGGGAGCGAUGACAUUCGGCGUCGCUAUCAUGUGCGCGUUCGUCAUGCCGAACCGUCCUCAGACCGUACGCUGGCUCACCCCGAUCGAGAAGGACAUGCUGCUCUGGCGCCUCGAGAGUGACCGUGGAACCAAGGAUGAGAACGACGAAGUCCCCGUCCUACAGGCGCUCAAGAUGGCACUACUCGACCCCAAGACUUGGCUCCUUAACCUCACCCUUCAAUUUGCGUUCAUUGCCGCUACCGUCACCAACUUUUUCCCCAUCGUCGUCCAAGGCCUCGGGUUCAAGCGCACAACUACUCUGGCAAUCACCGCGCCGCCAUACAUUCUCUGCGCGAUUGGACUGCUUAUUAACGGCUUCAGCUCUGACCGCACCCGCAACCGUUCGUACCACAUCGCCAUCCCAAUGUGCUUUACUCUUCUCGGCAAUAUCAUCGGAGUUGCAACUACAAAGACAGCGCCCCGCUACUUUGCCAUGUGCCUCCUCCCAUUCGGCUUCUACGCUGCGUCCACCAUCAUCCUCUCCUGGGUCGGUGCCAACAUGACUGGCCCAAGUGCUAAGCGUGCAAUCGUGUAUGCGAUCCUCAACGCGUUCGCACAGACACCCAACAUCUGGAGCUCGUAUCUGUACUUUUCGCCGCCGCGGUUCGUACCUGCAUUCAUCGUCAACCUCGUCGCCAGUGCGCUGUGCAUCGGCAUGGCUCUCGUCACUAGGUGGUACUUUAAGCGCGAGAACCGUAAGAUGGAUGAGGGCCGCAACCUGGGUCGGCACGGGCCCAGCGAGGUCCAGCUGGCCGCCAAGUUCCGGUACCAGCUGUAA